CCCAUGUCGCAGUCUGUCAAAGCCAAUUAAUUAAAUAUUCUCAUACAACCACCACUGCACAAGCUUAGGAGGCUAUAAAUUCACGCAGCAAUCAAGGCGGAUUCGCCGUAGCCUCUGGAACCUGCUGCUUUACAGCAGUUGCAGUAAGCUUCCACGCACCUAGUUGAAACUCCCAAACGACGCCAAGUAUUCUCAUCGUCUCCCAUCUAACUCAAGAUGUCUUUAUUCGCCCCCAUUCUUCGACUAUGCCUGCUAUUCUUAAAUGUCUACAGCACCUUCAAGUGUUUGAAGCCUCCGAGGGUCAGCUCGCGUUCCCGAACAGGUCUGCCUUCUCAAACCAGCGUGAUGCAGAGAAAGCGGGACAUGAAGGGUUGCUUAGCGGUCUGGGUUGUCUGGACCUGCCUGGCUACCUACGAACGCCAUUUCGAAAGAAUAAUCUCACUCUUCAUCCCCUUCUAUGACGAGUUUAAAGCAAUGGUCCUACUUUUCCUGAUCACAACUCGAGCAAGGGGGGCUGAACCCAUCUUUCUUCACGUAAUUCGACCGCUGGUUCGCCCAUACACGGCUACGAUUGAUACCGUUCUUGAUCUCCUUCGUAUGAUCGGCGACAUUAUCUAUGCUCUUUCCUCGUUCUUCCUGCACUCAGUAACAAAUCUUUCGCAGUCCGCGCACAAUCACCUUCCGGCAUCCUUACAGGUCUUUUCUCCAUUCACAUACUUCAAUUCCUCCUUGCCGGUUCCCUUUGAUCCAUACAGAAGUCAUAAUUUUAUGCAGGAGGUGGUGAUGCAGAAUGGAGAACAUCCAGGCUUCUAUGAAGUGACUUUACCUCCUCGAGCGCCCACCAUUGGCAUUCCUCCCUCGAGCUAUCCGUAUCCUGGAUCUCACAACACCAUUGAAGGCUUGCCAGUCCCGAAUGACAUUCAAAAUGGCGGCACGAUAUUUAUUCCACCACUUCCAGAGGAAAUUCCUCUACAAACCAAUACUCCGGAUUCAAACGGCCACGCAUAUCCUCCUUUACCUCCUUCACCUCAUGCUCAACCUUCCACUGCAGUCACACCUCUACAACCAGCACCGUCAAGGGAAGAUGCCUGGGACUGGGACUGGGACGCUCGACAAUAUCCUUCGUUUCCUUCAGCAUAUCCACCAACGCCUCUCACCACCAAUUCUUGUCUUCCGUCCACCAGAAAUAGCAAGGGAAAGGGAAAGAUGAGAUUAGUCAAAGAUCCGUGGCGCCAACCGGACGGGACUGUGCUGGAAGAAGUUGUCGAGGAAGACCAGGAUGUUUAUGACCACACUCAAAGUAGUCGUGGAAGAAGGCGGAGGCGGAAUGAAGGAUAUUCAGAAAACCAGCAGGGUUUUCACCAGUCGCUCUUGCCACCGCGUAAGCCUUUGAACCCCGGCUUCGGUGCACGGGGCUUGAGCGACGAUUUGAGGGGAUCACUUAAUAAACGGAAUAAACGAAUAGAUUUAGUCAGUUCUGGCCAUGACAGUGACAUGGGUUUGGGUAGAUUUGCUGGUACCAGCUCAGGUAUACACAAAGACCUGGAUGAUAGUGAAAGCGAUGUAGGAGAUGCGGAGGCGGAUAGGCGAGCACUUGCUGGGAUUGGGGCGAACGAAGGCAUGGAUGUUGACUCGUUCAAACGCGGGCUUGCAUCUGAUUCAGAGUUGGAUUCCGAUGGAAGUUUCAACAUUACCUUGCGAACGCCGCGAGCGCCUUUACCUCCAUCCGGGAGUGCAGCGAGCAUAAUGACGUUGAAAUCUACUGUCCGGACGAGGGCAAGUGCGCGCUCGCUCUUUGCCUCUCGUUCCACGAUUCAUGCGUCGCCUCUUUCUGCCGUCGAUGUCAGUAUUGACCGAAAGGUGGGAGACGCUGAGGAGGAGAACAAUCUCAAGAGCGAAGUCUCUAGUAGGUCGAGCUCUCGGUCACGAGCCACAGGAUUGACGACAACGAAUGACGAAGGCUCGACGCGUACGCUCUCCUCUGGCUCCGCAUCAGUAGAGUCUUUGGCUUUAGCGUCCUCGGCAUCCAUAUCCGUUUCGGACUCAAGCCUAGAAGAAGCAAUGAAACUUGGUGGUGAUGUUAUCCGACGCACCGUGCGUGUAGGACAGAAGAGAAGGCAUGAAAUAUCAUUUUCACAGGAUCCGGAAGGUGGAUCAUCCUCCGCGGUCGGGACAGCACGUCGAGGAAAGCGUUUGGCACGAAGCAAAUUCCGUGUCGAUGUCGAGAGGUUGACCACGGAGGACGAAGGAGACGACUCUCAUCCUUUGACGACGUCGAGAAGAGGACGUUCGGCAUUGCAUGGUUCCCGUCAUGCUUCCAGAGGGCCCAUUACAGUGCCCGAACCGGCAACCAGUAAAGCUGGCGCUUCAUCGUUGACCACUUUACCUUUGCGAAAACGACGAAAAGUUGACCCCAUUCCAUCCCAUUCAACGGAACUCAGAGUUGGCUCUAGUGAUGAGAACUCCGUUCAGAAUGCAAGAAGAGGUGGGAAGCCCCAAACUCGCGCUGCUGCACCUACCAGCACUACAACUCGCCCAAAGCGACCCAUGACGCAGCGAUCCGAAGGGUCGAAAACCGGUGCGGCGACUAUUACUCAGUCCAAACCUCCGACAACCACACGUUCCUCUUCUGGUCUCCGUAGAGGAGAGUCAAGCGAAUCUUCUGCUUCUCUGCAGCCUUAGCAAACUGUCGUUCAUUCUCUUACGGCUAUUACUUAUACUCGGAUUUGAUUUUCUUGUUCUCCCUUAUAUACACAACCAGUAGGGCAUAUGUAUAGUAUCGCAAUCUCUCGAACGAAAUCUCAUAGACCUAAGUUAGCUUGUUUACCC